UUUCAAGCUAUCGAUCUUGUCGGUGUUGUACAUUGGUCGCCUUAAAAAACGUUAUGGAUACAAUAUCUUUUUUUAUAAAUUAAUAUUAUUUUAUAUUUUUAUGUAGAAAAAAAAAUUAAAAAUUUUAUUUUUAAUUAAAAAAUAAAAAUAAAAUAAAUUAGAAAAAAGAAAAGAGCAUAAUUUUUAUUUCAUGAGCUGUGUGAAAAAUUUUGAUUAAGCAAUUUUUCAAAUCCUCCCAAAGUGAUAACGUUUAACGGUGUUUAUCUGAUUUAUCUGGUUACACCUUAAAAGUGAUUGUGCAAAAGCUACAAAAAAAUAAUAAAAAUAAAUCAAAGAUAAAGUUUACAGUGAGAGUAACUAAAAUACCCCCGUUAUAAACGACAAACGUACAAAAAACAAGGGAAGGGCUUAAAUAACAACCUUACGACAAAAAGCCUUUAGUGAAAUAAGUCACAAACUCUCAAAAUCGUUCAAUAGACCAAGAAGAUAACUUAAAAAAAAAAAAAAAAACAAAAUGGCUGCAUGUUGGAAAGCAUUAACCCGUCGAAAAAUGCCCGAUGAAUCUGAAUCCAAGCUAUCCCGUGUCCUAACACUUUUUGAUUUGACAGCAUUAGGUGUUGGCAGUACACUUGGUUUGGGCGUUUAUGUCCUAGCUGGGUCGGUAGCAUACGAACAGGCUGGUCCUGCUGUAACGCUAUCGUUUCUUUUUGCUGCCAUAGCAUCAGCUUUUGCUGGUUUAUGCUAUGCCGAGUUUGCAGGACGAGUCCCGAGGGCGGGAAGUGCCUAUGUUUACAGCUAUGUGACAGUUGGUGAAUUUGUCGCUUUUACUAUUGGUUGGAAUUUGAUAUUGGAAUAUGUUAUUGGAACGGCCAGUGUGGCAAGAGGUCUAAGUGGAUACCUUGACGCACUUAUUAACAACACAAUGUCACACACUCUUCAAGAGGUAAUGCCAAUUAAUGUCAGCUUCCUGGGUAAAUACCCAGAUUUCUUCUCCUUCUUCAUGGUUCUUCUAUUGGCUUGCCUUUUGGCUUUCGGUGUAAAAGAAUCAAGUGUCUUGAAUAAUAUUUUCACUUGUGUCAAUUUGGUCACAGUUUGUAUUGUCCUUGUUGCAGGAUCAAUUAAGGCUGAUCCGGGUAAUUGGGCUUUAACUGAUGUCCCAGAAAAUGCUGGUACUGGUGGCUUUAUGCCAUAUGGAUGGGCUGGAGUAAUGGCUGGAGCUGCAAAAUGUUUCUACGGUUUUGUAGGAUUCGAUUGUGUUGCAACUACGGGCGAAGAAGCUAUCAAUCCCAAGAAAAAUAUCCCUCUUUCUAUUGUUUUUUCAUUGAUAAUUAUAUUUUUGUCAUAUUUUGGAGUCUCUACGGUCUUGACAAUGAUGUGGCCAUACUAUUUACAGAAUCCUGAAGCACCUUUCCCCCACGUCUUUCAGGAAGUUGGUUGGAUAACAAUCAAGUGGAUAGUAACUAUUGGAGCUGUUUUUGCUCUCUGCACCAGUUUAUUGGGCGCCAUGUUUCCAUUGCCUCGUGUUCUUUAUGCCAUGGGCAAGGAUGGAAUCAUUUUUAAGUUUUUCUCCAAAGUUAACGGCUACACCAAGACUCCUCUGCUUGCAACUAUCGUUUCUGGAAUCUUUGCAGCUAUCAUGGCUCUGAUCUUCGAUCUUCACCAGCUCAUUGAUAUGAUGUCGAUUGGAACUCUACUGGCUUACACAAUUGUUGCUAUAUGUGUCCUUGUUCUUCGUUAUCAGCAAGACGAUAUUAAAAUGAAAAAUGUCAGCGUAAAAUUGCCUGUUAUCAUCAGACAACUAUUCAACUUGAAUUUUAUCAAGGAACCCAAUUCACUUUCUUCGAAUAUUACAAAAGUUGGAAUUGUUGUUUUUAGUAUUGUUUCCAUUAUUACCUGUAUAAUUAUGAAAGUUGUUGACAUUAGUUCGGAUAAUCCUGCUGGAAUUGUGGCAAUAGGCGUUUUGACAGCUGCUCUAUUGCUCAUCUUGUUCUCCAUUCAACGUCAACCAGUUUCAGGUGCUGAAUUGAACUUUAAAGUUCCUCUAGUGCCAUUUAUUCCCUGCAUCAGUGUCUUUUUCAAUCUGUAUUUGAUGUUCCAAUUGGAUCUUCAGACAUGGAUAAGAUUUUUGGUCUGGCUUUUUAUUGGCUAUUUGAUAUAUUUCUUAUACGGAAUUCGUAAAUCAACUCAAGGCAUUGACAAUAAGCAAUUAACACUUGACAUGGCACAGUUUCCUGAAAAUGGUUUUAACCAUAAUUAUAUUGGUGGAAAAUCUAAUGGUGAUGUUGUGAGUGAUAAGCCACCGAAUGGCAAACGAUACAGUGUUACAGAACAGCAAAGUUAGAGUCAUUCACAUCCACAAAAUAUUGUCAAACAAUAUUUUUUUGUUUUGCUGUUUGAGUGAAAAAAAAUUAAGAAACUAAAUAUUGCGUUUCUACUGUAUCAAUAUUAUAAUUAUUAUAUUUUAAGAGAGUAUAGAUUUCAAUUUAUAUACCAUAUACAUUUUUUUUAAAAAACAAAUUAUUUUUCAAGAGAGUAUAGAUUUUGGAUUUUUUUUAAGAGAGUAUAGAUUUCGGAUAAUAUGAAUUUAUAGGUCUUAAACAAGAGCCCAUUAAAUUCCGUCCUCUCGAAUUUCCUAUAAAUCAUUUUUAUUCGACAAUUUUACAAACAAAAGAAAACAAAAAAGAAAAUUAUUACAUUUUUACCUUAAAUUUGUCAUUUGUUACUUAAAUAUUAUUUUAUAUACAAGAAAAAAAAAAUCAAAUCUGUUACUUAAUUAAAAAUAGGUAAAAGAUUGAAAAUAAAAGCUAUACAAUAUUGUGUUGUGAUAUUAUAUAAUGAAACAAAAGAUUAAAUAAUUAAUUUUUUGUAUAAAAUAAUGAUUUUAUGUAUUUAUUGUUACUGGUUAAAAUCUUUUUCUCAUUUGAUUGCCAUUUGAAAUUAAGUUAAGAAAACUUAAAAAAAAAACUAUCCAUUUUAUUGCUUUUUUUUAAAUUGUAUUCAAUUUGGCAGCAUUUUUUUUAUAGCAUCAUUUUCAAUGGUCCGAAUCUAAGAACAUUUACCUAAAAGUAUACUUUCUUUCUUUGCGUUGAAUUCAAAUUCAAUUGUGAAAGAAUGUCAGACAUUUAAUUUAACAUAAAAUGCUGUCUUACAAGAAAUCUUUGGAUAUCUAUAAAUUUGUUGUUUUUUCAUAAACAUAUAAUAAUUAUAUUUCUAUUGAUGUUUUUAACCGGUAAUAUUUUUGUACAUA